UUCAUUGAUUUUACCCAAAGUGAACUUAAAAAUACAUUUGAAUGGCAACGAUAGCGGCGAACAUGGCGAAGCCCGAACCUGUAACACAUGUUAUCUUCGAUAUGGAUGGAUUAUUACUCGAUACGGAAACAUUAUAUACCGAAGCAGUAUCAACAGUGAGUAAGAGAUAUGGGAAAAAUUAUACUUGGGAAAUCAAAGUAAAAUGUAUGGGAAAGACGUUUUCAGAAGCUGCAGCAGUUAUAAUUGAUGAAUUAGGUUUACCUUUAACUAUCGAGGAAUAUAAAGAACAAAUUGAAGAAGAAUAUCAAAAAGUUUUUCUUAAAACUGAAUUAUUACCAGGUGUUGAAAGACUAGUUAGACAUCUUUAUAAGAAAAAUGUACCAAUGGCUGUUGCUACAAGUUCCAACAAAUUUAGUUUUGACCUAAAAACAAAAAAGCAUCAAGAUUUUUUUAAAUUGUUUGGUCAUAUUGUUCUGGGAAGUAAUGAUCCUGAAAUUAAACAAGGAAAACCUGCUCCAGAUACUUUCCUUGUAUGUUGCUCUCGCUUUAGUGAUAAGCCUUCUCCAAAUAAGGUGCUGGUAUUUGAAGACUCUCCUAUUGGAGUUGAAGCAGCCGUGGCAGCAGGAAUGCAGGUGGUCAUGAUUCCAGAUCCCCGAGUGGAUCCGAGCGUUUUUGAAAAAGCCACCGUUGUUUUAAAUUCCAUGUUGGACUUUCGUCCAGAAAUAUUUGGACUCCCGCCAUUUGAAGACAGUUAAAUUAUUUAAGUUUGUUUUUUCAAACUGAAAAUCAAAAAGAAAGUUUUGAAUACAAUAAAUAUAAUGUAAAUAAAAAUAAAAUUCAAAUCUUAAA